CGUUUACAGCAGGAGUAACUCUUGACCUUUGACCCUUAAUUCACGAACUACUGUCCACACUUUGACCAAAGUUACUAUAUUUCGUGGGUACUCUUGCGAUUUCCAAAAGAUUAAAACUCUACUUUCACCAGGAGAUACUGUAAAUUGAUAGAAAUGGAUGAGCCAGGCCAUGCAGUUAUCGUGAAUUGCUCGGCUAUGGAACAUCCUGGGAACGAGAAUCAAACAGACACAGGAAGACAACAGGACAAUGAAGGAGUGUAUCCAUGCAGUGUAGGCUCCACGCAGUCUGAUAAGAGGACAGACAGCAGAGAGGAUCAGACAACAGACACAGAAGGGCAGCAGGACAAGGAAAGGGAGAGUCCAUGUGAGGAAACCUGCAGUGUAGGCUCUGCCCAGUCUCAUAAUGGGACAGACAGAGAGGGUAAGACAACAGACACAGGAGGGCAGCAGGACAAGGAAAAGGAGAGUCCAUGUGAGGAAACCUGCAGUGUAGGCUCUGCCCAGUCUCAUAAUGGGACAGACAGAGAGGGUAAGACAACAGACACAGGAGGGCAGCAGGACAAGGAAAAGGAGAGUCCAUGUGAGGAAACCUGCAGUGUAGGCUCUGCCCAGUCUCAUAAUGGGACAGACAGAGAGGGUAAGACAACAGACACAGGAGGGCAGCAGGACAAGGAAAAGGACAUUACAUGUAGGAAAACAAGCGACACCAACUCUGUGGACAUAAACACUGCAUCGCAUGGAAAUUCUCAGAAUAGUGCAGGACAGAAGUAUGUGGCAAAGUAUGCGGUUAAUUUCCCCUUGUAUGUUUGUCAAGAGUGUGGCUACACCGCACUUUCCAAGCGUAUCUUCUCCAAACAUGUGUCAAAACACCAAGAAGCAAAACCUUCCAACAGCAGCCAGUGUGACUUUUGUACAGUGUCGAAAGGCAAAUGUAGUGUAGACUCACAUAAAACUAAACAAAAACAACCAGGUGAACCAUAUAGGUGUGACCAUUGCGAGUAUUCUACAGAAAAAUACUGUAAUCUAUAUCAGCACAUGCUCAUACACACUGGAACAAAACCCUUCAUGUGUGGAGAGUGUGGAUACAGGACAAAUCUUAAGCACAAUCUGGUGAUUCAUAUGAGAAGGCAUACAGGAGAAAAGCCUUACAAAUGUGACCAAUGUGAUUAUUCUUCUGUGCAGUAGCAGUUUAAGGAAACACAUUAUGGCUAAACACACCAACAAGAGACCCCACGUGUGUGAGAGAUGUGGAUACAGAACGGCUCAAAAGUCGGCUCUGCGCACUCACCAGAAGUCUUACUAGUACUGGUGCAGUGUCUUACUCCGGGAGGAACAGGAAGAAGAGGAGAGAGAAAAACUCUUGUACGGAUGAUCAGCUGAUAGACUUUAUUUACUAUGAGACAGUCAGGACUUACAUAUUGUUAAACAGUAGUGUCCUAAAUGUUAAUUGCAUCUCUCAACUGUAACAUGGUUGAAUAUGGCAGAUGACAUUUGAAAUGGUGCUUCUGGGAACAUGGUCAAAGCACUGUGUGGAGGUAGAAUAAAAGGCAAAGAAAUGAGUGGUGCAGGUACAAAUUGCAUUGUCCAUAAAAUGUGUAUUUUAAUCAUCUUUUGUUCAUUGUCUAUAUGGAAUAGAUAAUCCCUGUUCUUUGCAUAUAGAGCACCAAGAAAAGUAAAGGAAA